AUGACGGUUCCCUGUCUAGACAAAAACCUGUUGAUCCUUUUCCGGGAUAUCAACAACAUUCCCAAUGUUGAUGAUCCAGAGUGGGUCAGAUUCGGCUUCUGCUAUUGCAGAAACAGGGCCCAGAUGCAACUUCUUGCAAGGGCUUACAUGCAGCUUGCCACCCAUGCUUCGCUCAAUGACAUAGCAACAGCAUGGAAAUCAGGCACAUUACUUGAGCUCAUGGCGACUAAAGAUAUCUCGAUAUCAUCUCUCGUUUCUGAAGGAAUCUAUCUCCGCCAGCCAUCGCCCGAAACGGUCGGCAUCUACCGGCUCAUGUCAGAAGUCUCACACGGUCUGAGUGGGUGUCCAAUCUGCCAAUGCAAAAACGCCCGAUGCCAAUUCCAUUCAAAAGAUGAGCGUUUUCUCCGCAAAGAAUCCGAGGCCGACUACGGGUUCCUUUCAGUUAAUACCUGGGAGCGCUGGCGACUAUUGAGCUUCUAUUCCGAUCUCUUCUCAAAUCCGAAGUUCAAUCCGCAGAAGAUGCAAGAAGCAAAGCGAGAUCCAGAUCCGCAGACACUUGAAACAUAUAUCGAAUCCUUGGUUUUGGGCUUUCGCCGGACAAUCUGGAAUGAGCAUUUGACAGAUGGAAUGUUUCCCAAACUUGGCCCUCGACUUAAAUUCCUGGGCCCUCAUCCGUAUUGCGAAUGUUUUAUCCAUAACCUUCCUCUCUCUGAAGGGGUGGAGUAUAACGUCAAUGUGGAAAUCGAGUGGAUCCGCGAAGACUACGAGGGGAGAAACAGAGAGCAGGUUUCCGAAUCAUAA